AUGAUAAAUCUUCCCGAUAUGUGGACGCCCGAGCAACGGCGGCAGCAUGUUGCUGAAAUGUACAGGAACAAAGGCCUUAUUUGUCCUGACUAUUUUUUGAAAAACGAAUGUCCUCGUUCGUCCAGCUGCUCUUACAUUCAUAUUCGCAACGGAGAAACGAGAAAGGUGCCGCUUAGUGUGUGCCACUUUUACGCAAAACGUGCCUGUCUGCGUGAUAAAUGCGUGUUUUUUCACGGGACACAGGCACAGUUGGAUCAACUUCAUGCAAUGGGAGCUCAGACUUACAGGCCGCAGGACUACAUGGCCUUUGCCAUUCCGCCGCCGGAGCUAUUGGGGACAGAUCAAAACGUUGCCCCACCGGUUGUGACCAUGCCGAUGCCCGUCCCCGCCCCGCUUGUAAACAACACAAUGCCAAUAAGCAAACCUGCAACCAACUCUCCACUUCUGCUUCUUCCGAUUGAUGCCUCAGCGGCUACUCCAUUCAGCAUGUACUGGUCGUCAUCCCCGUGUCAGUACAGGUCGCCCCUGUCACCGGCGCCAAUCCCUGGAUUGGCAGAGCCACGCCCUCCAGCAGUGUCGCAUCCUUACACAGUUUUCUCAUUUUUUCAGUGA